AUGGAUCCAGACAUACCGACGCCUUCUAUUGAGCACGACCCCCCCCGAGACACCACCAGCGCCUUUACCACAACAAACCUUGGUCUCAUGUCACCCACAAUCCAAGUGAAUCAUCGAGACCACACCCAUGCGCACCCAAACUUGCUGAGUGCUGCCGCGCAAAUACCCCUCCCGCCCUCUUCCCCCAUGCGCAGUCCCUACCACACCCCUGCGCCGACCAAGACCAAGUCUCUGUCACCGAAACCGCCUUCGCGCUCGCCGUCUGUCGCGAGUUCAUAUCGAGGGGAGAGACAAGAGAGACAAUCCACUCCAACACUGACCACCAGAAGGUCAACCUCUAGCCUGAGUAAUACCAGGGGUAGCACACCUCAAUACCGUCGAGCCUCCUCCAAUCUCAACCCUCUCUCUCCUGCAGCAAAUGGCAAGAUGUCGCUUCCAGAACGACCGCCGGUCACUGCCAAUUCGGUAGCGAAGGAGUACUUUGGAAAAGAGCUGGAAGCCCAUACCUCCCUGCAGUCCCCUGUAGUGGUGAUAGUUCAUGAUUCAUGCUACGGCCAUCGCUUUUCUCGCCCGCGCACCUCCAAGAAUGCCCUCGCCACAAUUGUCGAGCGUCCGGAAAGAAUUCACGCCACGCUGUUGGGGGCGUCUGCCGCCUAUGUGCGCUUAGGAGGACGGCAUGCUGACGGUGAAUAUGCGCCUUGCCCCAAGCACGAACCGUCACGGGUGUGCAACAUCCCAUUCCAGAUCCGCAAGACAUUCCGGAGUAUUCCUCUCAACCACCCCUCAGUCGCUUUCGUACACGGCUCGAAAUGGAUGGAAGAGUUGCAAAUAAUGUGCGACACGGCCGAAGGGAAAUUGGCGCUCAACGGGAAAGAGUUGGUUAGACCAAUCGGAUAUGGGAAGGAUGAAAAUGGGAAUGCCCUGCCUAAGCUGCAUGAAGGCGACUUGUACUUGUGUGCGGAGUCGCUUGCUGCUUUUCAAGGCUGUCUCGGGGGAGUUUGCGACGCAGUCGAUACGGUAUUCUCGUCGCCGCUCACCAAGAGGGCUUUCGUCUGCAUCCGACCUCCUGGCCAUCAUUGCUCUUCCAAUUACCCUUCAGGCUUCUGCUGGCUGAACAAUGUUCACGUGGGGAUCGCCUAUGCGGCUAUGAAUCAUGGCCUGACACAUGCAGCCAUUAUCGACUUUGAUCUACACCAUGGAGACGGUUCCCAGAACAUUGCCUGGGACCACAACCUCAAGGCACAAGGUGCAGCUAAGAAUGCUGCCGCGCACAAGAAGACCCCUAUCGGCUAUUACAGCCUCCACGAUAUCAACUCGUAUCCCUGCGAGUGGGGCGACGAAGAGAAGGUGCGAAAUGCAAGUUUGUGCAUCGAAGGUGCUCACGGCCAGUCCAUAUGGAAUGUCCACUUGGAGCCAUGGACGAGCCUUGAAGAGUUUUGGAAACUCUACGAGUCCAAGUACAUCAUUCUGCUCCAUAAAGCGAGGUUGUUUCUGCGUCAACACACGGCAAAGUUGCGUGCUUCUGGGAACCAGUCGCCGAAGGCUGCCAUUUUCAUCUCAGCAGGCUUUGACGCAAGCGAGUGGGAAGGUGCAGGCAUGCAGAGACACAGUGUCAAUGUUCCGACAGAGUUCUACGCCCGCUUUACGGCCGAUAUUGUCCGACUUGCGCAUGAAGACGAUCUCGGUGUUGAAGGUCGAGUCAUCAGCGUUCUAGAAGGGGGAUACAGUGAUCGAGCUCUAACUUCGGGCGUUCUGAGCCAUAUCUGUGGCAUGGCAGGUGACAACCCUGUCACCAGAAACAAGAGUUCGUCAGACAUGCCCGGAAAUCGAUUUCAAACGAUUAACAACUGGGUUCAAGACAUCCCUUCCUCUGCCGCUGGUCAACACUUCACCUAUUCGGCAGAUUGGUGGGCACUCCAAAAUCUUCAAGAGCUAGAAGCUAUCGUCACAGGCCGACAGCCUCCAGCUUCCAAGGUUAAAGACAAGGCUGGAAAUUAUUCUUCGCCAACACAAGCAUCUACUCUCAAGAUGACCGACCAUGCUCGCGAAAAGCGCUCGUUAUCAGCUUUGCAUGCCAGACUCUCUCUGGAUGCAGUGUAUGAGCCCCCACCACCCGACGUCGACUGGGCCGUUGCUGCAUAUGAACUGUCCCGUAUCAUUAUCCCUAGCGAUCGACAAACGUUGAGCUGCACACAUGACGAACUUCAUGCAGAAGCUGCAAGAGUACGAAAGGAGCGACAAUCGACCGUGGGCUUGCCGACUGGUCCAGACGAACGGAUGCAACUACGUGACCGAAAGGCAAAAGCCCCUCCUGCUAACAUUUCGGCUGUACGCGCAGUCUCACGCAACGGUAAUCGGCGUACAACUAUCGCAGCAGUUAGUGACUUACCUGAUCCUAAUGCCGAGCAUCCUGAUCUGCCAAACGGGAGGAUGCGUCGAAGAUCCAGUGACGCAUCGAGCAUCCUGUCGAGUUUCCAAGGCAUGAAACUGUCAGAGCAGGGUCCCGGUGGCGCAGAGGUUUUGUCAAAGCCUUCCGGCUCACAAGCACCUUCGAGAGCAUCACCAGCUCCCACUGAGAAGCCAGCUAAAGCUGUUGCCGUGAAGAAGACAAGAGCUCCGCCUGCGACAAAGGCACCGGCAAGACCAAAAGCCAGUAGCCCCCGGCGGCAGAAAACUGUCCCGUCAGCUGUCACCGGCUUGCCCGAAACCAAGAUUACUCCUACUCUUGUUCAGAAAGAUGCGAUCCGGGCCCAGCAUGCUUUGCCUAUGCAAGGCAGUCGCAAAGAAGCUUCAAAUGCUGAUGACAUGGACAACCUAACAAAUGGGAUGAAAAAGAUCACUAUCAAAUUGAAAAUGCCGACUGUAGAAGAGCAUGCCAACACACAAAAUCAAAAGACGGGUGAUGAUAAGCAGAAGAAGCCUCGUGCACCAAGGAAACCACUGGCCCCCAAGAAUUCCAAGCCAAGUAAGACGACUCUCGUUGCAGAUCCCGGUCAAACAAUCAGUCCGCAGACAAAUCUCCCCAAAGACGACCAAGAGCACUCAGAAACGACUACCACAAAUACCGCAGGAAUAAUAUCGUCAUCAGUAGUUCCUCCAGCGGUCGAAGAACGUGUGCCCAAUCCCAACGCGAAUUCUCGUCCAUACAUGCCGCUGCAAGACAUCGACGGUCAGCAAGAGUCGCAGCAAUACAUGAAAGCCGAGGAGGCCGUGAAUUUCAGUGUAUCCGAUGCACAUGCUCCAACAGCCAACCCUCUCGUCGUUGUUCCUCGGAUCCCAAACUCCCAAGUACAGCAAGCAACAACCGGCGCAGCAGCACCGGGAACGGCUUUGUCUCCUGUGUUAGACAACCCGACACAGAGAACAAAGCAGGACCUACCUGUGUUUACUUCAAGCUCUCCUAUCCCAUUCGCGGCUCCCGCCCAGGAAGAGCAACACUCGCUGGCACCGAAGCAUGAGGAAGCCACGAAACCGAACCCUUUUUUCUGGAGUACUCACGAGAUAUCACAGCAAAAAUGA